AUGUUACGAUUUAAGAAUAGAAUAACAGGAGGAAGUAUGUUUUUCCGAAGCAUACCGUUUUUAUCAAAUAAUAUAAUGCAUUUUCAUCAUUCAAAUAAAGAAAAGAGCAUUAAUAAUAUAUAUACAAAAAAGAAGAUAACAAAAAAAAGAGAAAAAUUAUUAUGCAAUGUAAAACCAUUUAUAAAUGAUAAAUGUGAUAUUUCAGAAAAUAAUGUAAUAGCAUAUUAUUUAGGUAAACAUUUUAAUUUACAAAAUUUAAAGAAUUUAUAUGAAAGUGUAGGUGCACAAGUUAUAUAUAAAGAACCAUAUUUAUAUGUAGAAAGUUGUGAAUAUUUUAAUCAGCAAAAUAGUUCAAUUGUUAUAUUUAAAAAUGGUUGUAUAGUGUUUUGGAAUAUGAAUAAAAAAAAUAUAAUUUUUUUUUUAAAUUUUAGUAAAAUUCAUUUAAAUAUAAGCGAUGGAAAUACAUUAGUAGAGACAUAUGAUUUUGAAGAACUUGAAGUUCAAAAUGUUAAUAAUAAAAGUUAUGUAAAUAAUUCUAUUAUUUAUUUAACAUUAAAUAAUUAUCGAUGUACUGAUAAAAUAUCAUUUUCUUUUGGAUUGUUAAGUGCAGUAAGAUUAAAUAAUUUGGAAAAAAAAAUAGAAAAUAAAUUAUUAUUAGAAAAUAAUAAUAUUGAAAAUUUAAAACAAAAAAUAAAAUCAAGUAAUUUAGACUUAUUGUCUAAACAAUUAUUUUAUUCAAAAACUACUUUACAUAAUUUAAGAUACGAAUUAAAUAUUGAGCAAGAUAUAUUAGAUGUUCCUGAACCUUUAUGGGAAUAUGAAUAUCAAAAAAAAUUAUUUUUAAAUUUAUUAAAUAUAUUUGAUAUUAAACAAAGAGUUGAUUUAUUAAAUCAUAGGCUAACAUGGACCUUUGAUUAUUUAAACUCAUUUUUAGAUUACGUUAAUCAAAAACAUUCUUCACGACUUGAAAGGAUUAUUAUAAUUAUAAUAGGCUUAGAAUUGAUACUUGGAAUUAUGCAAAUGGCUCAAACAGUUGGUUUGUAG